AUGCCUUUGCAACUCAACUUCCACAGUCAAAGUAACUGGAACCAGAUCGUGGACAGUUUUGAUGACAUGAACCUACGUGAGGCUCUGCUCAGAGGAAUUUAUGCAUAUGGUUUUGAGAAACCUUCCGCAAUCCAGCAGAGAGCCAUUAUCCCUUGUAUCAAGGGUUAUGAUGUGAUUGCUCAGGCCCAGUCUGGCACUGGGAAGACCGCCACCUUUGCCAUUUCUAUCCUCCAGCAGAUCGAUUUGGAGCUGAAAGGCACUCAGGCUUUGGUCUUGGCUCCUACCAGGGAGCUGGCUCAGCAGAUCCAGAAGGUGGUGUUGGCCCUGGGUGACUACAUGGGAGCCAGUUGCUAUGCCUGUAUUGGAGGAACCAACAUUCGCAGUGAAGUCCAGAAGCUGCAGGCUGAAGCUCCUAACAUUGUUGUGGGAACCCCUGGCCGUGUCUUUGACAUGUUAACUCGCAAAAACCUCUCUUCUAAGCACAUCAGAAUGUUUGUGCUGGAUGAGGCUGAUGAGAUGCUUAGUCGGGGGUUCAAGGACCAGAUCUACGAGAUCUUCCAGAAACUGGCAAGCAGCACACAGGUUGUCCUGCUGUCGGCCACCAUGCCAGCUGAUGUUUUGGAGGUCACGAAGAAGUUCAUGCGUGAACCUAUCCGAAUCCUGGUCAAGAAAGAGGAGCUGACACUUGAGGGAAUCCGCCAGUUCUACAUCAAUGUGGAGAAAGAGGAGUGGAAGCUGGACACACUGUGUGAUCUGUAUGAAACCCUGACCAUCACACAAGCUGUCAUCUUCAUCAACACAAGGAGGAAAGUAGACUGGCUUACUGAGAAAAUGCAUGCCAGAGACUUCACCGUCUCUGCUCUGCACGGUGACAUGGACCAAAAAGAGAGGGACUUGAUCAUGAGAGAGUUCCGCUCUGGCUCCAGUCGAGUCCUUAUAACCACUGACCUGCUGGCCAGAGGUAUUGAUGUCCAGCAGGUGUCCCUAGUCAUCAACUAUGACCUGCCGACCAAUAGGGAAAACUAUAUCCACAGGAUUGGUCGAGGUGGUCGUUUUGGCAGAAAGGGAGUAGCCAUCAACAUGGUCACUGAAGAUGACAAGCGAACCCUGAGGGAUAUUGAGACAUUCUACAACACCACCGUUGAGGAGAUGCCCAUGAAUGUGGCUGAUCUUAUCUAGAAAAAAUCCCCACUGCCAUCAUCCACCCCCUUUAGAAAUUAAACCUUUUCUUCUACGGUCUGAACCAUGAUUUUACCCUCUACGUUUUAAGGGAAGGGAGAAUGCCCCUGUUAAUUCUUCUUAACCUUUUGAAAUAGUUUUUGGCCAUAUUGGAAGGAUGAAUUACUGACCUGCUUCAUGUUUGCCAUAGUCUUUCUCCAUAUUUUAGUUUCCCCACAUGCAAAACACAAGCACAUACGAGAUGGUGAUUAAAAAGACUUUAGAUCUGACUAUUGGGAAAAUAACAUAACUUCAACAUGUUAAUACAAAGGUGAUUGUUUUUUUUUGUUUUGGGGAAAUGGAAGCGAUUUGCAUAUGUACAGCAUCACCACAUGCUCCAAGGCUGCCUGGUGAGGGAUACAUGAGUUGUUUAGACUGCAGUUCAGUAUGAACAUGACCCUGAUUGACACAAUGGUCAGUGCUGCAUUUGACCACAUCAGUAUUUGAGGGACCUUCAGUGCUUAAAACGACCUUUUAUCAUGUAAGAAUACAUGUGUGAGGUGAAGCCCAUGUGGCAUAUUCAAUAAAAAAAAACCUGUUUACCAUUUA